ACCUCCUCUGGGGUGUGGUCGACUGUGGGUCCCGGUGGGAAAAUUGCUGCUGCACCUGCGGCUGUUCGUCCCACCCCUGUGGCUCAAGCCUCUGUCAGUGCCGCUCGUUCACCAGCUGCACUCGCGCAGGCGACCACGGCCGCUCGCAGCGUACCCACACCUCAGCUGGCCAAAACGCCGGCAAAGGUUGCGUCCCCUGCACCUAACGAGAGCGACCCACUAGUACCAUCUGCCGAGUUCAUGAGGUGGCUGAGGGAUGCCCUCAAGGGUCUGAACGCUGGAGUGAAUGUCGAUGAGUACAUGCACAUGCUCUUGUCGUUUGCUCUGGAUCCCUCACCUGCGGUGGUCGAAAUCAUCCAAGAGUCUAUUUAUGGAAACAGUUCUACUCUGGAUGGACGUCGUUUCGCAGCAGAGUUCAUCUCUAAGCGCAAAGCUGAUGCGGCACUGAAGAAAGCUGGCGGUAGCACCGCAAGGACAUCGCUCGCUGAUGUUGUCAAAGCUCAACCCAAGCCAGCCAGCCCUGAUUGGAACUUCAGGACAGUAGUCAAGAAGAAAGGAAAGGGGAAGAAUUAG